UUAUUAUUCAAGCCCCUUGGCUGAGCAUCUCCCACUGAUCCGACACACUCUCCGAUGUUGGUGUGAGGAGGGCAUAGCUGUCACCGUCGCUGUUCCUGCUCCCGCUCCCGGUCUCGACUGCCACUCUCACCAGAGCCCAGCUGUUUCCGAGAUCCUCACCCUCAACCCACUCUUCACUUGUUGUAGGGGAAGUGUCUUUCGUCCCACCCUGGCUGCUCCUCCCUUUUCCACGACCUCGCUUCCGUGGCUUGACCUUGAUCUGAUAUUCCCACUGCCCUUCCCCCCUCACAACAUCCUCAAACCCAAACCCAACCCUCUGCACCGCUUCACAAUCCCCAACAGACCCUUCAACAGCCAGACUCUGCCCAGCUUCCACCUCCUCCACCAGUUGCCUCCACCGCCUCCCAAAAACCAACCUCCCAUCCCUCUCAUCCUCAAACGGCAACCUCCAGCUUUUGUCCGCGGCAAUUUCCCGCCCCUCAAUCAAAUUAUUCCUCGUCCAUUCCUUCUUUCCCUCCUCAAAGAAGUCCCUCUUCAUUUUCUCGCAGUAAUCACAGCAAUACAGCGAGCUACACCUCGUCUUGAACAUUUUCUCCAAAACAGGAAUGUAGUGCGGCCUGAUCAGCAACCCACUUCUCAUGCUCGAGGCUUUCCCGUAAGCGUAAGGUUGAUUUGCCUUUUUGAGUCGCUGCGCGUCGGUCUUGAGCUUGGGGAAGUUCCAGGAGCGGUCGAAGAAGACGUCUUCGUAGUCGGAGAUGUGGCUUUGGAUGCGGUAGAGAUCCUGGCUGUUGCGGCCCGGGAGGCCUACGCGGAUGGUGUUUUUACCGUGAAACUUUUUGGGGUUGGGUUGGACGAGUUUGGUUUGGUCGAAGGGGAUGUUGGAGGGUUCUUCUGGGUGGGGGAUCUGGGAGGAGAGACGGGGGAGGUAGCGGGUUAGGGUGAGGGAGGUGAGGUGGUUGUCGUUUUCCAUUUUGGCUGUCAGGAUUGGGUUUUGGACUGACUAAGGAGUCUGGGUUUGGAGACACUGAGGUGGCAACACGAUGUUGAUUUAUACAAUGUAUUCAUGGCACUAGCAAUUGAGGACAUCACGACGCCAGGGUUUGCUGGCGCCCUCUUCUCGCACAGCGAGCUCAGAGUGGCAUGGUGCGGUCUUGGUAUAACAUGCCAUUGGCUGGAUUUGUCUUCGUGGCUGUGGCAGUGGUCUUAAUCGCCAAAAUAACCCUCAAUUUCCCACAACAAGAAGAUGGAGCUAACCCUGUCAUGCCGUUCCGUGAGUACAAUUACCCUUGACGUCGUCAACUUUGAUGCGGAGCAGUUUCUCUGCGUUUUUGUAGGCAAUGGCCUCCAGCUGCUCCUGGUCGACCAGCCCGCUUGCCUCCAGCUCCUUGAACCAUGCCAACCCAACCUCAUUGCUUGUAAAAGGAUAGUCAAUACUGUACAGGAUGUGGUCAAUGGGAGUGUUGGCCAAAAUGCACCUCAUGGGAUCCAAGCUCCAAACACCGCUCGUCGUGACAUAGAUGUUCUCCCGAUAUACCGUUGUGAAGUUUCUCUGAGCUGUGCUCCAUCUUCCACUAAGCCUGUCAAUACGCUGCAGCAUAAACGGUAUCAUUUCACCCAUAUGUCCAGCGAUGAUCUUCAGCUUGGGUCUGCGAUCAAACAGUCCAGAGGCAAACAGUCUCAAGACAUGAAGCCCAGUGUCCUGGUGCCACCCCCAGCCAGAACUUCCCAGCGAGUUUGCAGCGAUAGGAUCGAAGUUGCCUUGAUAUCGUGGAGCCAUGUCUUCACUCGGCCAAGUGGGAUGAAGGUAGACUGGAACAUCGAAUUCCUCUGCAACAGCCCAAAAAGCAUCGUAUUCCUCCCCAUCAAAAUAGCCCCCUUUGCCGUCGUGAUUGUCGACCAAAGCACCCACAAAGCCGAGCUCCGUGACCGCCCUCCGGAACUCUGCUGCCGCUUCCGCCGGCUGAGACAUGGGAGCAGUCGCAAAACCUGCCAAUCUUCCUUUUGCAUUCUUGACAGCCUCAUAGACCUGAUCGUUGGCUGACCUGCUGUAGUUGACGGGGUACGACCCUAACCCUGCGGCAUGGCUAACAACUUGGAUUGUGACAUCUCCCUUGUCCAUGUCGGAAAGUCGGAGAGAGGAGAGGUUGGUCAACUUUUCCAUGACAUUGGGGACAAACUGUGUCUGCUCCUUGAACAGAGCCUUCAUAGCAUCCGGGGUGGUGGCAGAAACGUAGUGCUCCUCGAGGGUUAUGAGUGGAGGCAUCUUGGCCAAGGUGGGAAGGAUGAGGAGUGGAAUAAAUCGUAGGAACUCCAUGAUUGCAGACAUUGUAUCUACUUCUAAAGAAGAGAGACCGUUGUACAAUUAACCCCUAGCUUCGAAGUCUCUUCUCCCUGUUUUAUCUUCCGAUAUUCAUGUCGUCACGUCAUCAGCCAUCGCUUCGCAACUUCGCCAUGCUUUCAUCCGGUCUCACUCAAACAAACCCUGAGGUGAAUGGUUUGUCUCGGAUCAAAAUCAAGGGUUAGGGUCACACAUGUUCCACCUCUGAACCCGAAGGUGCACCCACGUGAUCCACUCCCACCCAAUCCCUGUCUCCGCCCUACCCACCUCCCAAACGCCCGGACCACAUCCAAACCUGUCGGACCUUCAACUUUACGAUUCAUCGACGAUUCGGAACGAGACACCCGAGCGUCGGUGACGAACAAACGCAACAGGAACAACCCCUCCCCCCGAUCGAUCCAAGCCAUGGCGAGCCUCUCCCUCCUCGCGCGCUCCAUGCGCACCCUCUCCCUCUCCUCAACGACCGCCCUCCGAACCGUUGCCCGUCCCAAGACCUCCACAGUCGCCACCAGAUUCCAGACGACCCGGUCGCUCUCCUCCAAGUCGCACGGCCUGUUUUGCUCGUGCUGCCGGCCGGCCCUCUCCAAGAUCGUUUCCCAGACUACACAGACGGCUCCAACAUCGAAUGGGGCUGCUGCCAGCAAGGCGGUGGGGGUGGCGGUUCAGCAGACGAGGGGGAUGAAGGUUCACAGUUCCGUCAAGAAGAGGUGUGAGCACUGCAAGGUUGUGAGGCGAAAGGCGGGGAAGAGACAUCGGGGGUACAUCUACAUCAUUUGCCCGGCGAAUCCAAGACAUAAGCAGCGCCAGGGUUAAGACGUUGUUUUGUGAAGGGAUGGAUGAUUGUACGAUAUACCCGAAGUUGGGAGGGGAGUCUACAUGAGGAGAGGCACAGAACCCAGAUAUGAGAGGGUCGUGCACAGUACGAGAGAAAGGUCACGGAGGGCAAGGUAAAAUUGUCUCUUUAGCUUUACAGACCGUCAAUAUACCUUUCCAUGCUCUCCCAUUCUGUCUUGCCCGUGGAGAGGAGAUAGCGGAUGUGGUCCUGUGGACGUAGUAGGGAUUAGUCUUCACUGGGCCAAAACGUGGACGAGGAAAGAGGAGAAACAAAC